UUGGAGAACUAUAAACAAAACCCAAAACCCCUUUUAAACAAUUACUUGUGAAAUGGGCAUCCCGUCCAACCUUCCCACCUUCUUCUUCUUCUUCUUCUUCCUCUUCUCUAGCAUCCCCUUCUGGGUCUCCCAGGCAACUAACUUUGAGGUUACAAACCAAUGCUCCUACACAGUUUGGGCUGCUUCUACUCCAAGUGGAGGAAAGCAACUCAAACCAGGCGAAACCUGGAACAUCAUCAACAUGACCACUACUGGCACAAGCGGUCGGAUCUGGGGCCGAACCAAUUGCUCAUUCAAUGCUUCCGGCAAUGGAAGUUGCGAGACCGGCGACUGUGAUAACCAGUUCGAGUGCAGAAGCUACGGUGCCACACCUGUCACCCUUGCCGAAUUCUCACUGAAUCAAUACAAUAACUUGGAUUACUACGACCUCUCUCUUGUAGACGGAUUUAACAUCCCAAUGGAGAUUAGCCCAAACAACAGCAAUUGCCGAUCAGUGAAGUGCGCCGCCGACAUUAACAGCGAAUGUCCGGUGGAGUUAGAGACCCCCGGAGGUUGUAACCACCCGUGCACCGUCUUCAAGACUGAUCUUUACUGUUGUAAAUCUGGCAAUAAUUGCUCAGCCACAUACUUAUCCGGCUUCUUCAAGAGUAAGUGCCCAGAUGCUUAUAGUUAUGCUUAUGAUGAUCCGUCUACAUUCACCUGCCCUACUGGUUCUGACUAUAGGGUUGUCUUUUGCCCUGCACUCUCUUCUCCAUCCCCAGUUUCUCCUCCUCCUUAUGAUGCUUCUUUUACUCACAUGUGUGUGAGUGUGAGGAUGAUCAAUGUGAAUGUACAAUAUUAGGGCUUCUCUUGUGGAGGUCAUCAUAUAGAUAGAUUUUCAGAUUC